GGUUUAUUUCGAUGGGGAAGGGUUCUGAAGUCCAGGCUGGAAUCUCAUCUUUAUCGGCUCAGUUUUUCCUCCGGCUCUCUCGCUUCGGUUCUUCUUCUCUUUUAGAUUAGGUCGUCGGAGCGCGGUGGCGGCAGGCGGUGCAGCGCUUUUUCUUUUUGUCGUUUUGAAGGAGGUUUGAUAUAGAUUUGUUUGGUUUGGAUAAAGAUUUACUUCCGUGUCGUGUUCUAGUCACCUUUGAUAUGGGAGUUGCCGGGUGGGCUGGUUAAAGGGAUUGAGAUGGUGGAGCUUGGUGCAUGAGGUUUUGAUGCUUCUGUUUGUUGGGAAGUAGGGCGGCGGUGUUGGCGGUUUGAAUUGGGUUUGGGGACUUGUAGUUAUAGCGGGGUUUUUGGGAUUACGGUGGCGGCUUUUGGUUUUUUCUUUGGAUUGAAGGGGCGUUCGAUGCAACCCGGUGGUUGCCAUAUCUUAUGCCUUCGCCACAUACCUGGGAUCGGAAAGAGCCCUUUGUCAAGGACAGGAAGCAGGAACGGGGUGCGGGGUGUGAUGCCGUAGGUGGAGGUGGAGGGGGCGGUGUCGGUGGGGGCUCCUGCUCUACUUCACGAUGGCGGGAGCCCUACCAUGGGCAGCGGGAGUUCCCCCGUGCAUCCCCAAGGCGGCCGUCCUCAGGUCACUAUAGGCACGACGGCGGGUACCAGCAGUUAUAUUCUGAAGAAUCAAGCGGGCAUGGUUGCACGCCUUCCCGGUCUGGGGACAGAUUUUGGCAGGAGGAAGACAUCUUCAGGCUGUCUUCGGGAAGAUGCGGGGGUAAAGAAAGUCGGGGGUCUUCUCGGCGAUCGCCUUCUCUUGACUCUGGUGGCGACAGUGCUCGGCCGCACCUCGCUCCUCCUUUAGCUGCUCAGAGGUCUGUUGCCGUUCCGAUAACAAACGCAUCGUCCUCUUCCUUGUCUCCGAUCCCUUGGAAAAAUGUUCUUGACAAGAGUGAUGGCGUGGAAACAGGCCAAAAAUAUGAUCGGGACCAUUCUCUUGGUCCGAUCGCCUGGAAGCCUCUUAAGUGGAGUAGGCCGUCGAGUGUGCAGACGCCAAAGACUGGCCGAUGUGAGGCUGAAGAUGCCAAUCUUGAGAUUUCGGCGCCCCACGUGAAGGAUUCUCCAGCGAGAUCUCCUUUUACAUCUCUCUUGCAGUCAGAUGAUAGAGCUCCGAAUAAGAAGCCCCGUCUUGGCUGGGGCCAGGGUUUAGCGAAGUAUGAGAAGCAGAAGAUUGAAGGAUCUGUGGAUGUUUCUGCACAUAAUGGAUCGGCUCAGUCAACCAGCAGUGCUAAGAUUGUCGUCGGUGAUUCAAGUCCAAAGUUUUCUGUUCUUCCUGGAUCCAUGUCUCCCGCCACCCCUACGUCGGUCGCAUGCAGUUCAUCUCCAGCUGCUACAGAUGAAAAGCUCCCUAUAAAAGGAUUAAAUUCUGAAACCGAUCGAGCUCAGUGCAGUGAUUCAUCAGGCCUUGGGAUUCAUAAUUCACCAAAGGAUAUUUCUAUUAAAUUUGAUCAAUUGGAUGCCAAUUCCAUAAGUUCCCUGGCUUUACUUCUCAGUGAUUUGUUGCAGCCCGAAGAUGCUUGCUCAGGAGAUUCGUCGUUCACUAGAAAUUCCACUAUAAACAAGCUGUUACUAUUGAAGAAAAACAUAUCCAAAGAACUGGAAAAAACUGAAUGUGAAAUUGACUUAUUUGAAAACAGGCUCAAGUCUAUUGAUGGUGAUGGGCAGAUAAAUAGUUUUCAGGAAUGCUCUGAGUCAUUGGCAGAAUUAUCUUCUUCUGAUAACUGUAUCGCGGCUUCUUCUGUGUCUUUAGAGGGACAAAUGGCCGUGCCCAGAAAUUUUUCAGAAGAGCAGGCAACUACUGUGAAGGGCACAUUUCAUCCUUCCUCUGAUGGUAUUAUAUGUGUUAGCUCUCAAUUUCCGUCUUUGGAGACAGAGAAUCCUAAUUCUAGUUUAGAUUACAGAACUGAAAAAGAAGAUAAUAGUUUGCUAGAUUUUAUAAUGACUUCGAACAGGGAUGCUGCCAAAAAAGCUUUAGAAGAGUUUGAUGGGGCCAUACCUCCUUGGUUGGCACAGUAUAAUUUCUCGGAAUUAGAUUUCUCACAGUGCAAGAAAAAUUACAUAAGCAUUAGAGAGAGAUUAGUGAUUAAAAAGCGUGUUUUGAAAUUCAAAGAGCAUAUUCUCGCUUUAAAGUAUAAAGCUUUGCACCAUUUGUGGAGAGAGGAUCUUAAAGUACUCACUAUGAGAAAGCAUCAGCCAAAAUCAAGCAAGCGUUAUGAAGUGAAUAGCCGUUCAUCACAUAAUGCUAUACAAAAGCAUCGAUCUUCUAUUCGUUCUCGAUUUGCAUUGCCUGCAGAAAAUCUAACCCUGGUUCCUUCAACAGAUGUAAUAAACUUCACCAGUAAGCUACUUUUGGAUUCCCAGGUGAGGCUUUACAGGGAUAACCUCAAGAUGCCAGCACAAAUUAUUGAUGAAAAUGAUAGGAGGUACUCUAAAUUUAACUCCAACAAUGGUUUAAUAGAGGACCCGGUUGCUCUCGAGAAGGAAAGAGUAACUGUGAAUCCUUGGAUGCAGGAAGAAAAGGAAAUUUUCUUAGAAAAGCUCGCUAGGUGUGGUAAAGACUUCGAAAAGAUUUCUUCCUUCCUGACCCACAAAACAACAGCAGACUGCAUCGAGUUUUAUUACAAGAACCACAAAUCUGAGAGCUUUACUGAAGUUAAGAAGCAUCUUAAAUGGAGAAAACAAUUACAGAACAGACAAAGCAACACGUACCUAAUAACUUCUGGAGCUCGGUUUAAUCGUGAAACCAACACUACUUCCCUUGAAUUAUUGGGCGCGGCAUCUUUGAUGGCUUCCGAGGGCAAUUGUAACAGAAGAAGCAGUAGUCUAAAGCAGAGCGGCAAGUCGGGUUGUUAUGAUGCAAGAGUUUCUCGUCGGAGCAAUGGUUCUUUAGAAAAGACGAAUAGUGAAAUUUCGGGAAGCGAGCGAGAAGCCGCCGCUGCCGACGUUCUCGCUGGUAUAUGUGGUGCUCUUUCGUCGGAUGCAAUGAGUUCUUGUAUUACAAGCUCUGUUGAUCUGCCGGAGAAGUUCCGCUUUGCGUCAAUUGACUGUUCUCUUACCCCGGAAGGGGCCCAUACGAUCGACGAAGAAGACAUGUGUUCUGAUGACAGUUCAGACGAAUUGGAGUCAGCUGAUUGGACCGACAAAGAGAAAUUGAUGUUGAUUCAAGCAUUAAACAUUUACGGCAAAGACUUUGUUAAGGUUGCACAAUUCGUCGGAACGAGGUCACGAGAUCAAUGUAAGAUUUUCUAUAGCAAGGCAAGAAAAUGUCUUUGUCUUGACGUGAUCCAACCUGGGUCGGCCAAUGAGGUGACGCCAUUGAGCGAUGUUAAUGGUGGGAGAAGUGAUAGUGAUGAUGCUUGCGCUGCUGAGAUUGAUUCGGCGAUCUGUAGUACACAGUCAUGCUCGAAGAUCGAUGCAGAUUUCACGCAGUCAAUCUUAGAAACCUGUAGCGAAGGGCACACCCAACAAGCAGAUGCAGAUGGGCCAUGCGAGCAAUGUGAGAUUGUUGGAUCCAUUCCAGGUGAAGCUGAGGCCAAUCUCAAUAAUAAGGCUUCGGUUCUUAAUGAAAAUAAGCUUCUAAUUGUGGGGGGCAAUCUGGAAUUUGUUAAAGAUCACGGGGAAAUUUGCAGUUUUAGUUCGAGAAGCAAUGAGCCUGAAUCAAGUAACAAGAGUACUAAUGAAAUGUUACUUACUGAAAAGUCAAAGUCACAGACUGUGGCAUCUGCUUCUGCUUCGGAUGAACUAAGUAAAGAACAAAACUUGAAUCAGUUAGUUGAGGUAUUCGACUCUGUAGGUGAGAAGACAGCAAGUGUUAAGAUCGAGGAAAUUGUUAAUGUUGGCGAAUCUCUUAUGUUUUGCCCAAUUUCUUAUUCUAAAGGCAGUUCUUGUGACGAUGGAGAAAACAAGAAUGUUGAAUAUCCUCCUAGUCUUCUCUCUUCCAAUUUCCCACUCCAUGCUCCCUUGGAAGUGCCGUCUUCUUUGCAGAAUAGACCUCAGAUUAAAAUAGUGCAACCUGAUUCGGCUGUUUCGAUUUCUUUUAAUGGUAAGGACUCUUCCAUUUCCCUUUUCAAUUUGCAGGAUGGAGAGAAGUCCCUACAAGAAUCUGUUUGUAGGGAUCUUUCUCCAAUUCCCCUUCAUCACCCAUUUUCGAAUCAGAUUGAUCCUCUGCUUGCUGCCCGGGGCUGUUCCAUGCAGUCCUUGAUUGAGAAUCACAAGGAGUUGAAGAUUAACAGAAAGAUGAUUGUUGAAAGUUCAGUGAUGGCUAAUACAUUCUCCCAAUCAAAUUCUUCUUCUGUUCCAGGAUCGCACAACGACAAGUGUGUUGGUGAAGGGUUUUUAAAUUCCAGGUCUGAGAUCUCAAUGGUCCCCAGACCGGAUCAUAAGUCAGAGCAAAACCUCACUGCCGGUUCUGGUGAUCAGUCUCAUCGAGGUGGUGAUUUGAAGUUGUUUGGUCAGAUUCUCACCCAUCAAUUUUCACAAAAAUCGCAUGAAAGUGGCAAAGUGUCCCUCUCACCCAGACAAAAUUCAAAUGCAACCAAUAAUUCAUCAUCUACUCGUUGGAAGGAUGCAGCUAUAUUUGCUCCAAGGCCCGGAAGGAACGGCCUCGUUCACCAUCUGGGCGAGCUGCCUCAACGAUCCUAUGGUUUCUGGGAUGGUAACCAAAUUCAAACUGGAUUACCAUCUCUUCCGGAACCAACCAUCAUGCUUGCAAAUUAUCCACCUUUCAGUAUCUCCAAAGAAAUAAUCGCGACCGGAAACAAAGAUGAUUAUAAACAAGCGCAAAAUUGCUCUCUUUCGACGGAGAAGUUUCUUGAGACUUACCCUGAGUCGCAGAAACGAAAUGGUUUUGACUCACUUUCCGGUUUCCCGCAUGAAGGCCGGAUGAUGCACCACCUCGGCGGCGUGGUGGUCGGAGGCAGCGGGGUGUCGGAUCCUGUGGCGGCCAUCCAGAUGCAUUAUUCAGGGAGGAGAACGAAGAUCUUCUCCGGCGACUUGGAGUCGUUGACGGGGGACACCAGAGGAAGGUAGCUUUGUGGAAGGUUAGUAAAAUCUGUUGUGGUAGAGGCAUUAAGUACAGAUGCCAGCAGCAGCUGUAUCAUAUUCUGUAGUAGUCUCAUAAGCUGAAUGAAAACGAUGGGGUGGGAGUAGGUUGGCUUUGCUGUUCAUACCUGUUCUGUAGUAGUUUUUUUUCUUUUAGUCUCUUAAUGCUUUGAAUUCCUUUUAUCCAUUAUUUUCUGUGUCAGCACAGGUAGAGAGUUUAGGGGGAGGUAUGAUUCCUUUUAAUUUUUGUUUUAAUGUCAUCAUUAUUUUGUUUUGGUGGUUUCUCCAUACAACACUGUCGACCAGACUCCCACUGGUUCUAUCGUGUAUUUUUCGGAUGCUUGUAGUUUUCAAUUCUAGUGGCAAAGAGGCCUUUGUUUGCGCA